AUGGAGCCCAUAUCGAACUUGGUGAAAUCCACCUUGCCCGAUUAUCUGUCAAAUCUGCCGAUUCCCAGUAGUUUCGGCGGUUGGUUUAGCCUCUCCUUCAAGGACUGGCUCUCCCUCAUCCCACCCACCGUUGUGGUGGCCGGAAUCGGUUACACCGGUUACCUGGCCUUUUGUCCGGCGGCACGGGGCAAUUGCUCGGGCAAAAACAGCGGUCUCUGCAACAGCCAAAUCAAGAAGAGCGAGGCCAAGGUGGUGGACAUGAUCGAUGUGGAGGACAUUGCCGAUAAGGCGGCCUUCUGUCGCUGCUGGAAGACCAAGAAUUGGCCCUAUUGCGAUGGCAGCCAUGGCGAGCACAACAAGUUGACUGGCGACAACGUUGGACCCGUGGUGGUGGUCAAAAAGAAGAAGUAAAUUCCAGCGGUGCAUCGAGAUAUAAAACGCCUAGCAUUUCCUUGUUUAAAUUCUCUCCAAGCUUCUGUUUGCUUUUAAAACCGAUUUAAUGGUUGAACUUAUUCGAAACACUUCUGCUAUCUGCUAUCAGAACCCCUUGUAAUCGUAAGCAAUUAUUGAUGAUAUUGAUGGAUUAAGUUAAAGGUUGCCAAUAAAAUUGCCCAGAAAACAUCGAAA